CUUCUCUGGGGCCUGGAUGAGCGACAGUCAAGCUUCCCGCACAGUCUCAGUGCGGUUGUUCUGAGCCAGAGUCGGAUACAUUCUGAACGUUGAGAAGGCCAUGUGCUGAGCACGUCGACAAUGUUCUGCUGCACUUCUGACGAGGCCAGUGGAGCCAAUGGCCCCUGCACGCCAUGCGUGGAGACCCUGACGGUGCAAAGCCCCGAGGAGUGGAUCACAGGCUUGGAUCAGAACCAGCAAGCUCCCGAGGAUUCCACUCAGAGAAGGAGGGUGGUGGUGACCUUCGAACGGCCUGAUGGCCACGAGAAGGAGAUCCAUUUCUACCAUCGACCGCUGGGGAUUGAGUUCAGCGGGGAGGAGACGGUGGUGGUGCAGAGAGUACAUCGCUUUUCGCAGGGGGAGAAGGCCAAGGUGGAGAUGAACUGGGUUGUGCGAGCCGUCGAUGAGAGCAGAACAAAUGUGCUUGACGCGCUGCAAGCAGCGGUGGUCCUUCUCCCGGAGGUGCCUCCAAUCACACAUGUCACCAUGACCUUUCGGAAACCGGAGGCGAUGGACAAGGUCGAGGAUGUGAUGUUGCGAGGGCGCCCGCUGGGUAUCACCUUCACCAAAACCGCACCGUUGAGAGUCAAGACGGUGAAACCGCACUCUCACUCAGCUGGACUUGGUAUCAGCAGAGGUUGGAUCUUGUUGGGCAUCGAUGGGGAGCCACUGCCGCAGAGGCUCGAGGAGGCCAUGGAGGUGGUGCAGUUCAAAGUCUCCAACCUUCCAGAUCUCAAGUAGCGUUCCAAGAUCCGUUUCACCCAAGGAGGGGCCCUGCCAAAUAGGGUUUUACAGCCAUGAUGGCGGCCGAGAAGGAAGAGCCAGUGGGCCAAUUGCAAGCGUCCUGCGUCAAAGAACUCCUGGUGGCAGGGCAGGUCGUCCUGAGACGCCAAGCCAAGUGCGAACAUCCAAUGUCUACCUAUCACUGAUGGGUGUUUCGGAUUGUUUCACUCACAUGAGUCACAUGAGGCUUAAGUUUUCG